AUGACGUCCUACGAUCAUGAGGCCGUCGGGUCACCGGGGAGCAUCACAGAUGAUCUUGUUGAGAGAGAGGGAUUCACGCUGCUCGCCUCUGGGGGCCCAAAGCCUCUUUUUGAUAUUGUAUUUGUCCAUGGACUACAGGGUCAUCCUGAACUGACUUGGACACACAUCGAAUAUGUGCAACAAGCAGAUCAAAGUGACUCGAAUAACAAGGAUAUCCAACGCACAUUUCUCAGCAAAGCUUUGCACCUCUUUAGGCAGGAUGAGAAGGCGACUCAACAACAAAGCCGAACCUUUUGGCCGAGAGACAUGCUACCGGAACAUUUCCCCUCAGCCCGAAUUUUGACAUACGGCUAUGCAUCCCGAGUCAGCUACUUCUUCGGCAACGACAGGCCCAGUCAUGAAAACUUGACUGAGAACGGAAGAACAUUCUUGAACGGCCUUGCUGCUCAUCGUUCUCAUGCAGUCGGGCGUCCUUUGAUGCUAAUAACACAUUCUCUUGGCGGGUUGAUCAUCAAAUCGGAGGCUUUUUACAUAACGUCUUUUCAAGAGACUCGGAGCUUCCGAUCUAUCAAAGGUCUCGACUCCAAGAUUGUGGAAAACGACUCUUCAGGUCUUGAUCACAAGCACGAACGAAAGCAGGGAAUCAAUGCCAAUCACAUUGAAAUGUGCAAAUUUGCUAAGACCGGUCGUAGCCAUAUAGAGUACAGAGACAAGGUGCGUCGGGAAAUACAGCGACAUUCUGAGCGCAUGUCGAAGGAAUCAAAGACGCAACAAGAAAAUUGCAUGAAAGCGCUCAAAGACUGCGCCGUCACGAACAUACGGGAAGAACAGGUAGAACCUGCACAUGGUCAAACAUUAUAUUGGUUAUUGAGAGCCGGGACAGGUCCAGAUUCUCCACGACUUUUUGAGUGGCUCAGCAACCAAUGGGGGGUCUUCUGGAUCCAAGGGAGACCGGGAUCUGGGAAAUCAACUGCAAUGAAGUUCCUUUUACACCACCCCCAGACGGUAAAGAGUCUCAACCUUAAAACCGGACCCCUUAAAUGGAGACUGGCCGGAGUGUUUUUCACUGAUAGACUUAGCGAAGUAGAGCGGUCAUGGAAGGGCUUACUUGCAUCCUUGCUAGAUCAGCUUGUGACCCAGGUGACUGAGCUGCAGGAACUCAUAGUACCGUUUAGUCUAAGGAAAAGAGGUAAGACUCCGGAGACUUCAACCUUCGAACAGUCACCUCACGAAUGGAGUAUUCUGUCGCUACAACAAGCACUUCUGUUCUGCAAAAAUCAACAAAUCGUCGAAUUCAAAAUGUGCUAUUUCGUUGAUGCGCUCGAUGAAAAUGACGAAAGCAAACAUUCUCGCAGGAACGUAAGUAAUUUUUUAAUGCAGCUUGCAAGUGAUCCAUCCGAUGCUGGGUAUGGGAUUUUCAAAAUUUGCACAGCAAGUAGGCCUGAGAAUGAUCUGUCCGAGCUUCUUUCCUCAUACAAUGGCUUCAAAAUGCAAGAGUGGACCAGGCCAGACAUUGAGGCUUAUGUAGGCGAUAAGCUGGGCGAGCAUCCUCCCAUGAGGGCCCUAGUUCAGUCUCAACAUAUAACGAUAAGUGAAAGAGCAAGAACUCUCAUGGCAAGUAUUGUGCAUAAAGCUGAAGGGGUGUUUCUCUGGGUACGAUUGAUCGUUGAGGAUCUACGUGAUUCUCUUACCAAUGGACUCGCUUUGGGUAUUGAUGAUCUCGAAGAAAGGCUUGGACAAACGCCUCAGGAACUGCGUGAACUCUACGUGCUGAUUUUGAGGAGAAUACCACCUGACUCAACGCUCGAUGCUUACGUCAUAUUUGAAUGUGUCCUUCGGGCCCGACAGCCGAUAAGCUUGUUAGACCUAUGGCUCAUACUGGAGACUCGUAAAAAGAGUUGUUCACAAGAUCUUCACGGAGUCUCUGACGAUCAGGUCAGUUCUAUUCUUCGUAGUAAAUCGGCCCUCGAAAGGCGUAUCAAGACCUGCUCAGGAGGGCUUCUCGAGGUUAGAAUACAAUCAAUCUCGCUUAACAGAUAUACUGUACAAGUCUUGCAUCAAACCGUUCGAGAGUACCUGAUCGAAUCCUCGAUCCUUACCUUCCUUCUCUACCAUGUGAAGGGUAAGCCAGUAUCUGCGCAAGACAAAGCGGAUUUCAUUUUCUUACGUACUCAUCUCUACUGGCUUCGGACACCAAAGACUCGACGGGAGGAGCUCUGCUUCGGUGCCCCUGUGUACGGGGACGAUAAUCUACUGUGGCACGCCAGCGGUGCCGAUCAGCUCAAAUUUGAGCCGUACAUCGGGAUCUUAGAUCAAAUCGAUAGGAUCAUGUGCUCGGAAAAUAACGCCUCGUGGCCUGCGCUAUACUUCAUGUCAAUCGAAGACCCUGAAAUUACAAAUCUCAAUCUCUUCACGCACGCAAUUUCAGUGGGUAUGUACUAUUAUGUGGAGCAAAAGCUUCAGGAGAACCCAGGUCUAAUAUCUCGUCUUGUCGGGAAGCCCUUACUCCACUUCGCUGUUGAUCUCGCAUACUCGGAUAGUUGGUUGAAGUCUGAUGAGAAUGGUGCCCUGAAUAUUGUAAUGCUCAAACUCUUGUUGCGUCAUGGUGCGAAUGUCGCAGACCGCUACGACUACGGGUAUGGUGAAGUGACUUCGCUACAAGUAUUAUCGUCUAUCUCGAUGAUGAUCUCUGGCUCAUGGAAUGAGGCCCAUUUGGAAGAGGCACUGUCAGUUCUCAUGGAAUAUGAUGCUGACCCUAACCAAACAAUUACCGUAGGCGAGGAGCCGUCAUCUUUUGUUCCCCUCAUUUUUGCACUUCUAGUACGUCCCGGAGCAACAAAAAGGAAAGUGUCUAUGAUCAAGUGCUUGGUUGAACACGGCGCUGAUCUUGAGGCACUGGAUUACAGACACUGGACAUUCGUUGAUAGAGCCUUAUUGGCGGAUUUUCUUGCUACCACAGCCGACUGGAUUUGGCUCUUCGAACGCGGUCUGAGAAUACAUUCUGCGGCAGUUUCGAGACUAUACGGCCCUGAUGCGGCUCAUCACAGCCUUCGUGCAGAGAUAUGUCGAAAGCCUACGUACUACUCACCGGGUGCAAGACGCAAAGCCGCAAAGUUCAAUCCACAGUGGACUUUCACUGAGAAAUAUCUGGGACUGCCCUCUGCAAAAAAAUAA